AUGGUACACUCUCGUUUUCUAAACCUUGUUUUAGUCCUUGUGACUAUUGCCUCCAUAUUUUCCACAUUUGCUGAGGCCAAUAGAGGCUUUGGCUGGGGUUGGGGUGGGGGAUCCAACUAUUCAAGUGGUUCAGGUUCAAGCCCCGGGUCGGGAUGGGGUUGGGGUAAUAAUGGCUCCAACCCUUCACGUGGUUCAGGUUCAAGUCCCGGGUCGGGAUGGGGUUGGGGUAAUAAUGGCUCCACCCCUUCAACUGGUUCAGGCUCAAGCCAUGGGUCCAAAUGGGGUUGGGGUUGGGGCUGGGGUCCUAACACACAAAACCCGGGAUCUGGCAGCUCGGGCUCUGGUUGGGGUCCUAAGAAUAGAAACACCUCAGGUUCGGGUUGGGGUUGGGGAGGUCACUCAAAAGGCUAUAACGUCACCUACAAUGCACCUAGAAAGAUCAUAGUCGGUGGAGACAAAGAGUGGACUUAUGGUGUCAAUUACUCCGAAUGGGCCUCUAAGACUGCUCCUUUUUUUCUCAAUGACAUACUUGUGUUCAAAUACAACCCACCAGCUCCGUUCACGCACAGCGUCUACUUGCUUCCGAACCCUUUGAGCUAUGAGAAGUGCGAUGUCAAGAAAGGCAAGAUGCUUGCGUCACCGAAGCAAGGUGCUGGAAAUGGCUUUGAGUUUGUUCUUACAAAAAUGAAGCCUUACUACAUUUCAUGCGGCGAGCACGAUGGUGCACACUGCAGCAACGGCACCAUGAAGUUCACCGUCAUGCCUAUCCUCCCUCGUUGGUAG